AUGAAGACCGAGACGGACGAGGUAGACAUCCCAGGCGAGCGCAAAUCGCCUGUACCCGAAUCACCUACCUGCAAUUCUGAUUUGCGCAAGCUCUGGACAAAGGAAGAAGACACUGCGAUAAAGGCAAUGUUACUAAUGGCGCCAUCAGGUCCUCGUUCCGAAAUGCGAAAAACUUUUGAAAAACUCUUUCCGGGUCGCUCGCGGCAAGCAAUGGGUAAAAGAAUAGAGAAAAUGCAGAGGAAAUUGAGAGCUGAUGGAGAGAAAAAUGGAAGCGUGUGUCGCCCGGAGAAGGCUCAACACCACUCGGUCAGUCCUGUUCCUAAACUAGAGGAGAGCUCCGAUUGCGAUGAUAUCACCAUACCGAAGCGUCCCUUGCGGCAGGCCGGGAAGAAAGGAGAAGUUAACCGUCGUAUAAACUUGCAAGAGUUUUUGGACAAGACAAAGGAAUUUGAAAUUUGA